UUUUGUUCAUACCAGCUAAUUUAUGCCUUUAGAACGCGAAAUCUUGGAAAUGACUCUCACACUUGUUACUGAGUUGGAGGACUCGAGUUCUAAUUUGCAAAUUGUAACACCAACCGAGGAGUUGAUGUACGCUAUGAUUGCGUUUAUGGGUCCUGAAUGCGAAUUUCUGACAGACGAGAUACGUCCUUUGCUGCGAAAGCAUUUGCUCCGAUUGUACAAAAAACACAAAGAUUAUUCAUUUGAUUUUGACAAAGCUUCUAUAGGAAAAUGCAAGUUCGAAAGUCUGUAUUCUUUGUUCGUUGAUCACUUCCAAGCAACAAGCUAUGGCGAUGAAUUGUUCGGGUCUUUGGUUUUAGUGCCGUUGGCUCAAAAAUACGACAGCAAAUGGCGAAGGCGCAUGUGGUCGGACUAUGCCCCGGCUUUAUGUUAUUUAAAUUGUGAUGAAUCUUUGCUCAUCAAUGGCAUUCGAUCCUAUUUGGAGCCUGUUGAGAAAGAAGAUUCUCUAAUAAAAGCAUAUGCGUUCGCUUUAGGCUCAAACGAUCUACGUCCCGGAUCUAUUCCUUAUAUAAUUGCAAAACAUCAUGUACAUCAUUUCAGAACGGUACCAAAUAAUUAAAUAUGGUUCAAAAUAUUUGUAUUAAAAAAUA